CAACUCUUUAUCUCUCUAGUUUUUUUUUUAAUUAUUUCUUUAAACUAUAAGAAGGGUCUUAUCUCUCUCUAUAUAUAUCUAUUUAUUUCAUCUCACACUCUUUAAUGUAACCCAGAGAGAUCAGAGAGAAUCAUCAAGACCACCCUUUCUUAGUUUCAAACUCAACUUUUGAGGGUCUUUUCUGUAUUAAAAACAAGUGUUGCUCAACCUUAGUCUUUGCUAACAACAGUGUUCAUAUGAUGAAUGCUUCAAAGUUCAUCAAAUGUGUCACUGUUGGAGAUGGAGCUGUUGGGAAAACCUGCAUGCUCAUUUGCUACACCAGCAACAAGUUCCCCACUGAUUACAUACCAACAGUGUUUGAUAAUUUUAGUGCCAACGUAGCUGUGGAUGGAAGCAUUGUUAAUUUGGGGCUAUGGGACACAGCAGGCCAGGAGGACUAUAGCAGGUUGAGGCCACUGAGCUAUAGAGGAGCAGACAUUUUUGUCUUAGCAUUCUCACUCAUUAGCAGAGCUAGCUAUGAAAAUGUUCUCAAAAAGUGGAUGCCAGAAUUACGUAGAUUUGCACCUAAUGUUCCAAUUGUUCUUGUUGGUACAAAGUUAGAUCUUCGUGAUGACCGGGGAUAUUUAGCUGAUCAUAUGGGAUCAAAUGUCAUAACAUCUGCUGAGGGAGAAGAACUGAGGAAACAAAUAGGUGCAGCAGCUUACAUUGAGUGCAGUUCCAAGACUCAACAGAAUGUCAAAGCAGUGUUUGAUACUGCAAUUAAGGUUGUUCUCCAACCACCAAGGAGGAAAGAAAUGGCAAGGAAGAAAAGGCAUAGAAGGUCUGGUUGCUCAUUUGUUAUUAUGUGUGGAGGCUGUGCUGCUUAGUACACAUCAAUUGCACCGUCACUUUUGAUAUGAAUGCUAUUUUGCAAAAGCUUCAAGGUUCACGUGUGGAAACCCUGACAUCUCAUCACAUAUCUAAAUGUAUCUUUAUGCUUGCUUGUAUUGUAACAGGUGUAAGAUAGUAAUAUCUAGUUGUUUUCACUUUACAAGACCCUAUUAGACACUGAAGGGAAUUUUUCAUUCUCUCAGUUGUUACUUAGGCGUGUUUAUGUAUUUACCAUAUAUUACCAAUUCAUUUAGCCAAGGGAGACCGUUGUUUUUUCCUUGAAA